AUGGGCCGAUGCGGGUUGACCUUCCAAUCGUACCCGGUCCGGUUGCCGAGGUUCGUCGGUAUUGCCAUGGACGGCAAGUGGGCUGGCGACGUGCGAAUAAGGGAAGAACCUUGGGAAUGUAUCUUAUUCGAUCCGCCCAGAAACCUGAGGUGGGACCCACCGGAGUCAACGCCCAAUGAAGGCUGCUGGAUCGCCAUAUUUGACGAGAUUGGCGUUCGUACCCCAGGCCGAUAUCAGAUUUGUUUCUCGCUGAUGACAAUACCCAGGGAAGGCGAAAAUCCAUCCUCCCCACUGCACGAGCUCUACACUGAUCCAUUUGAUGUCGUGCCGCACGGUCUAUGGCCACUAUAUCCGGACUUCUACACUCCGCUGAGUGCGCGCCUCAAUCGAGACCACUUGGGCAUAAAUUUCUACCGCGGUCAUAGAUAG